UAUUAAAACAAAAACUACAAAGAGAAAAAAAAGAGUUAACCACUUUCUGUUUGCCCUAUUUCUUUACUUUUUGUUGUGUUCACAAUUUUUGACUGGUAUUGUUGUUAAGUAAAUUAAUUAGUUAUCAAACUGUUUUAAAAGUAUUUUGAUCUAAGAGUUUUAUGCAUGAUUUUGGUGAAGUCAUAUAUUAUAUUAAUGCAUUAGAGAGUAGAGUAUAGGUUUAGUAAUUAACAUACUUUUUUUAGUUCAAAUGCAAAAUGCUAGCACAAUUUAACAUGCCUUCAUUUUUACCAAUUAAAAUGUAGUUGAACUGUCAUCUUUUACGCAUCACCAUUUCCUAAUAUUGACCCUCUUACCAUUUUUGUCUGUGUUUAUCAGUACUUUUUACCGCACUUUGAGACGCUUUAUCGUUUCACCAACGGAUAACUAUAUUUUCAUAUAUGGCUACGUUAGAACGUCUCCAUUUUCAUAUGUGGUUACGUUGGAACAUUGGAGAAGUCCUCAAGUUUGGGUAUCUAACAAAAAUGAAAAAAAAAAGAUUUAAUUAAAUAAUAUUUCAUGUCAAAAACUAAAUAGAUAAUAUUCCAACAUUUGAAACGUUCAUUUUGUUGAAAUAUUAUUAAUUAAACACUACAGUAUUUUUGUACAUUUUUGUUAGGUUGAGUCAGAGAAUUCUUUUUACUGGAGGUGCUCCUUAGCAAUUGUAAAUAUACUUUAAAGAAUAUGAUCAUAUAUUUGUCCUUCUAUUGUGGAUCGCAAUCAACUUCCCAAACAAUCGAAGCUAUAAUCACAGUGAAUACACAAAGUCAUGAUAAACGAGUCAAAUAGCGACGUUAAUGGCUAAAGAAAUGAUUAUACUUAUAUGAUAACGAAAGAAGAGGAGGAACAGCUUUCUGCACUCUCGAGGGAUGCAUUUCACAUUCUUUCAUGUUACAAAUAAUUCCUAUUUCUGACACAAACCUAUCUAAUUUGCAAACACAAAGCAUGCCUACCUACCUAUUCCACUCUUCUUUUGUUUCCUUUACCUUUUACUUUAUUUUCCGCUUCGUUAUUCUUCUUUUACUCCCAACAUCUUUCCUCUUUCUCGCAGCUUUUUCGGAUACAUUAUGUGUUUGUUUUAUAUCUAUGGAUACACAAUAUUCGGAUAUUCGUUUUGCAUUUGGCCGUUACUUGUGAGUUGUGAUGGCUACGAAGCAUGUACAUGACAAAAACAUAUUUGUUCUUGUCGUAGAGAUAGUGGAUAACUACACAUUUGAAUGGAACUGUUAGUCUGUUAUACGUACGAGACACUAACCCGAGCAGAAUAUUAAAUAAAAAUUAGUAUAAUAACACAUAAGAUCAAUAUAGGUCCGAGUUUCACUUUUUAUUGCAUCACCAAAUAAAUGUACAUGUUCCGAACUUUUUAAUUUAAUAUUGAGCAACAAAAAGGUUCAUGCUCUUCAUUUAUAAAGGAGGGUGUUCCUUGUCGGCUUAAUCUUACCAUCAAGGAGGGUGUUCCUUCUUUGCUCAACCAUUCCUUACUGUUCCGUUGCUUCCGUAUUACCAAGAAAGUGACAAUAGUUAACAAAGAUUAAGCCGACAAGGUAAGAUCUUGAUGGGGAAGAACGGUGGAAGUUCGUGGCUCACGGCGGUUAAAAAUGUUUUCCGGUCACCGGAGAAGAAAUGUCCCAGAAGAAGAGAACGUCAACAAGACAACGGCCUUGUCCAAGAAGACGAGGAGGAACAACAGCAACAAACGAAGAGAGGAAAAAGAAGAUGGCUAUUCAAGAAAGCUUCUUCUGAUUCUUGUGCAAGAGACGUCGGAAUAAACAUUAAAAAUGCCGUCAACACUAAUUCAGCUUCUGUUGACGCGAUUGCGGUCGAUGAAACGGAGAAAAAAGCGUCUCCGACGGCUAAGGAAGCCGUCUUUUUCUGUCGGACAUCUGUCUACCUUAAAAGACACUUGGCUGCUAUUCUCAUUCAGACAGCUUACCGAGGAUGCCUGGCACGAAAGGCCUUCAAAGCCCUAAAGGGAGUUGUGCUACUACAAGCCUUAGUGAGAGGCCACAACGUGCGUAGAAGAGCUAGCAUUACUUUGUUUCGGGUUCAGGCCUUAGUUCGGGUCCAGGCUCGGGUUCUAGAUCACCGGAAGAAACUCACGGCCAGUCCCGGCGACGGAACUACCUUGUCUCGUGCUUUCUCUAAACAGAUGUGGAGAAUCACAGCGAGAGAAGCACAUAGUGAAAGCGAGUUAGAGGACAAGAGACCAAGUAGAUUAAACCGGUUCGGUUAUCAAGAAAUCGGAAGAAGACUGUCAACCGAUCAGACAAUUGUUGAACCGGUCAAGAUAGUUGAGAUCGAUACGUACAAUACAUACUCACACCAUCAACAACUCAACGACCGAACACCGCGUGGGAAUUCUCGCGUCACGAGGCAAGGCCAUUCGAUACCAAAUUACAUGUCUACGACUGCCUCGACCGUGGCUAGGUUCCGACCACAAAGCGCACCUAGGCAGAGAUCAAACCAGACCGGUUUAGAUGACAACGAACCAAGAUUACAAUUGGUUAGAAAGAGAUUGUCAUUUCACAAAGAUAUUCCGCAAUCGCAUGGUUACUUUUGGUACGAUAAGAAAACGGAUGAUCACGAUCACGAGGAUGUUCAGCACUAAAUUAACUUGAUCGGUUAUGGGAGCUGAUUGAACCGGUUCACGAUUGAAAUUUUAUAUAUGUAUUGAGUAUUGACUGACCCAUGAGAUUUUUGGUUUUUCAUUAAUUAAUAUGCACCAGGCAAGACUUCUUUAACGUUGAUUAUUUAGAUGUAUCGGUUGACCCAUAAACAUAAUUGUAGUUCUUUUCAGCACCAAACAAUAAUCAAUUUAUUUAGACU